AAAAUUUUUUAUUGCUUGACAUUUACACAUUCAGUCCGUAUAGCUUGGAGAUCAUUACAAAAUCGUGAAAAUGGUCAUGUUGACAGAAGACCGCUUUGAACCUCCUUCUAUGACGGAAGAAGACCCCAACCAGAACGGGGUAGGUGAGACAAAAGAUGGGACAGCUCGAUGGGGACCUCAGCACGCUGGAGCUAAGGAAUUGGCAAAUCAGUACACUGCAGGCAAGAGAGCCCAGGAGACAAUUUGUGUAGUGAUCUCUAUAGCUUUAAUGGUUGGGAAUCUGUACUUCAUAGUGAAGCAUUUCAACAUUGACAACUGGUACAUUAUUCUCCCAGCUGCCCUUCUUGGUAUCGUCACUGCAGACUUCUUCAGUGGAGUGGUUCAUUGGGCCGCAGACUCUUGGGGCUCAGUUGAAUUACCAAUCAUUGGAAAGGCAUUGAUCCGUCCAUUUAGGGAACAUCACAUAGAUCCGACAUCCAUCACACGUCAUGAUUUCAUUGAAACAAAUGGCGACAACUUUGCUGUGCUGAUUCCUGUAAUAGCUAAAAUGUUUUAUGGCUUUUACACGGGUUCCCCUGAAGAAAUAGCUAAGAAUUACAACUGGAAUUGCUACCUUUUUCUCCUGGCAUUCUUCAUCAGUAUUACCAAUCAGAUUCAUAAAUGGUCCCAUACCUACUUCGGCCUGCCCCGAUACAUAACAAUCUUUCAGGAUUUGAACAUUAUACUGCCACGUAAACAUCAUCGUGUUCACCAUGUAGCUCCACACGAAACAUACUUCUGCAUCACGACUGGUUGGCUCAAUUAUCCUUUUGAAAAAUUUGGGUUUUGGACUAAACUUGAAGAAUUGAUUACAUUGGCCACUGGAGCAAAGCCAAGAGAUGAUGAUCUUAAGUGGGCCAAGAAAACAAAUUAGUCGUUUGAGUCAUUAGUACUCAAUUGUCUUGAGUGGCUUUAGUUCAAAUCUCUGUUUUAUAAACAUUUGUAAGUGUGAGUAGCUAAGAAAGUUGACUGUAAACUGAAGAGUGAGAUUGUUGCACAGGAUUAGAUAAGACAUUUUUAUGAUUUUUGUGAAGCAUGUCAUUUUUGGCAUUAAGUUUGAAUUUUUAUCAGAUUUGAAUUGUGGAAAACUUGAAAAUGAUUUGAUGUCUUAUGCGGAAACAUGAGUCUUAAUUAUGUCAUUGCCCAAGCAUUUACAAGGACAUGUUCUUACUCUUGCAUCAAGCUUAAGAUUUCUCUAUGAUCCAUAUCUCCCAAGAAGUGUGAAAAGGAGAAUGUAGUAAUUCAAAGAAUGAAUGGGGCUACAUUAUUGGAGGGUUUUCAUGGGAAAUGGAGAGGGCAGCUUGGGAAUGGAGCCCAGGCAACAAGGGGUGUUAAUGAAGGGAAAUAUCUUUG